UGACAUCAUACGUCCGGACAGCAGGUCGAUUUUCUACUUGAACAAACACAUACUGCUUGGAUAGGCGUAUUCCUUAUCCCAAUGUCAAUUAUUUUUGUGCAUUUUCAAAUAUCAAUGACUUGAAAACGCCAAUUUGUCUGAAGUUAAAUUAGCUGAAGAUGACCAAUACAUAUGUUCUUUUGUCAUUAUUUCUUGGGCUGGCUAUUGAAGCAGGUAUGUUGAUAUAUACAUCAUAGUUGAUAUAAUUCUUUAUAUAUAAAUCGUCGCGUGUUUUGAGAUAACAUAAAAGUUGAUAUAUACAUUAUAGUUGAUAUAUUCUUUUUAAUUUUGUUUCCAAACGGCUAAAUUCAGUUGUUGGAAGCAUUUUCAUUUUUCACCUAUAUCCUUUAUAUAUAUAUAUAUAUAUAAAGGACACGCAAGUUACGAUGAUUUCUUGGGGUGAACUUCACGCAUGAGAAAGGACGAACAGGGCGUUUAAUUAGAUUGUACAACUUUAUGCACUACUCAUACUACACUGAGUUAGUAUAUCCAUAUGUUUGAGUCCACUGUUUUUCAUGUCAUAAGUGGUUAAUAUAAGUGCUGAGAACAUUGACAGUUAAUUGUGCAGUCUCCACAUAUGCUUAACUGUGUCAAUGCAAAUUUCAUUGAGAUAUUACUCUAAGUUGAGCUUUUCACACUGUUGAAAUGAACUCAAAAAAGCCGUUCUCAAGUUAAAUUUCAAAAUUUGCAUGUAACAUUUAUUGAACCUCAAAAGCAUAGGGAAUACUCUUUCCAAAUGAAAUUUGAGAAACUUAAAGUUUGAAGAAUGAAGAGUAACAUGCAGUCAGGUCGCGAAAACACCACAAUUAUAUAGUUGUGUAAAGAAAUCAAAAUGGACAAAAUCUAUUGAUGAACAAAUUAAGGUUUUCUUGAUUUCCUAUAUAGGUAUAUUAUGAAUUUUUAAAUAGAUUUGCUUGUUUUCCAUUGAUGAAGCCUUAAAGAUGAUAUAGUAUAUUAAUUAAGUAAUAUUCCAUAUAUUGUUGUUUUCCUUGGACGUUCCAGAAAAUGCCAGAGAUGUAUAGUCAUUGUGCAUCAAAAAUUUUAAACAUCUGGCGGAGAAUCGCUAUAGACCCUAGCCAGUGGCGGAAAUCUUGGUGGGGCGGGGCCCCCCCCCCCCCCACCUUCACGGAAAAUUGACGAAUUUUCGGAAAUUUUGACCUAAAAGAGGGCUAAAAACCGUCUUUUCGAGUGCAAAUGGGGGGAGGUAUGUCGGAAAUUUGAAAGUUUUGUCGGAAAUUUAGGAGGCUUUGCCCCCCACCGGAAAAAGUGAAUUUCCGCCACUGACCCUAGCCCUAUUUUCUUCACAAAUCCCUGACGUGCUGGGGCAACGGAACAAAGGAGAUCGAUAAAGUUGGGACAAGCAAAUCUCCCCAAAAGAGAAUGGAGUGGGAGAACUUAUACUUCGCUGCUUGAAAUGCAAAUUUAAGGCCAAAUAAUAAUAUAUUGAAUAGUCAUGAUCCCCCGUGGUUAUUCAUGUAUAUUGGACAUUCACGAUUCCCAGUUCUUGUGGGCGGUAGGGUAAAGCAAAUUAAAAAUCUAAUUCAGGUAAAAAAUAUUUUGCCCCCUUCCCCUGCCCCCACCGGUUAAACACCCGAUGCUUCGUAACAUCCCUUUAUGUGCCGUUCUAAUUUUUCUCCAGAAAAACCUGAAAGAGUGCAUUUCAAACGUUAUGGUUCUUAAUUAAAAAUAAAACAAUUCAGUUUGAUUUUGAUACACUACGUACAAGCUUUUUAGCUCAGUUUUAUUAGUUCAAAUCUCUGUCGAUUUCUAUCUUUCUCAGUAAUGUUUGACUUGUCAUCGGUAUAAAUAUUCAAGGAUGGAAACAAAACCAUUCUCACUAAACCAAUAUUCCCAUAUAUUAUUGUUGCUAGUAGUAAGUAUAGAUUAUAAGAAGGCUGCAUAAGUUGGUAUGCUACCUUGUAUAUCUGUAACAAUUUAGUAUAAUUAUUUUUAGCUUUGGCAAUCCCCACUGGACGACAUGCAAAUUUGGAACACAAAAUUACAAAAAGAAAUUUUGUUCCCAACCGAUUUGAUAUUGUAGACAACGAAAUAAAGCGUAAGUAAAAAUGAAUGAAGAUUAUAAAACCUGUUCAUUAAUUUAAAAAAUGUUCAUAUUGAAGUCGAAGACUAUUUUGAAGUGAAGUUCCUAAUUACUAAAUUAGUAGGAGCAUUUGUUAGACUUGUUAAGACUUAAGGCAUCGCAGAAAAGUAAACGUUGUUGCGUUCGUUUCGAUCUCAUUUUUGCAUAUACUACAAACUGAGACAAUUUUAAAAUGUUUUCUUUUACAUAAAAUUCAUUCAUGAUAAUUAUGGAUUUUAUUAAAAGUACCAAAUUUGGACAGAUAUAUGAUAAACACAUAUAGGCUACUAAGUAAUGAUUGAAUAUGGACCUCAUCGGAAUCUUUCAGUUUAGUGUCAUUUUUCCUAUAAAAGUACUAUAUUCUUUAAGAAGUGAUAUCGCAAAAAGGGUAAAUAUAAGAUAGUUAGGAGAGUGUAUAACUUGUAUAGUGGUACUACUUUCUAUAACUCUGUUUCGAAUAGAGGUGUGCAGCGCAUCGGGUCCGAUUGGUUGAUCCGAGUCCGACUGUAUAUCACCUGUGAUCUAAAAAAGCAUUAUAUAUGUGUCUUCUUAAAAUUCCAAAAUCUGAACCAUAAUUGUGAAGCAAAUGACGGAAAAAGUAAAGUGGUGGAUCAAUUGUGUUUUCGCGGGUGUAUCACAUAGCCUGCAGUUGCAAAAAUAAAUCCAAUUCGAUCCGCGACCAAAAAACUACAAAAACCAACCAGACAGAAAAACAAACAAAAUCCGAUCUAGACGCGUAAAAUAUUUUCUGAUCGGAUUCGUAAAUGAAGAUGCUGUUGUUUUAUUUUUGUUGUUGUUAUACUUAAUUAGGGAUUUUAUUUCAAUUAUUCCAUGAUAAUCGAUUCAUAAAUGAAUAAAAGGACUUCGUGUACGUGUAUCUUCAUGCUGUAUACAGCCAAUUCAAAAAAGGUUGUCCUUUGAAAAACUUUAAACUCGCAAAACUUAAUGAAUAAUGGGAACACAAGUUUCAAGCUUAGUUAUAUAGUUCAAGCUUAGUUAUAGUUGAAUAUUGCAGCUAUUUGUGAAUGAACUGUUCUCGUAAGGAGAUAUUUACUAUGUCUCUGAGAAAUGGGCCCCUGCAUGCAUGUGUCAUUUCUAAACUGCAUGAUUAAAUUAUGCUCCCAUUAUGCUUUGCACGCUUAGAAUUUAAGGUUUAGAGUUUAAGGUUUUUCAAAGGAUAACCUUUUUUGAAUAGCUGUAUAUAUACCCAUGCUGCAUAAGCGUACAGGGGACAGUUGAAUGUUUGCCCGAAUUUGUAAGGAGGAUUGAAAUGAAAUUAAAAUACGCAUUAAAAAUUCAUAAACCUUAUGGCAAAUCAUGUCAGCCAUAAUAUGUCACGUGGAGUGACUUUAUAUCCGAAAAAACUAAUCUUCAUUAGUAUUCUUUAUAUAAUUGUUCAUCCUAAGUAGUGUAUGAUAAUAUAAUUGUUCAUCCUAUAUAAUUAGUAUUCUUUUGUAGUCGCAUUUUAAACUAUUCAAAACACUCGAACUCGCGUUUUAUCAUAUCUAAAACGCUCGGCUGCACCUCGCGUUUUAAAUAUGAUAAAACACUCCUUCUCGUGUUUUAAAUACUACUUAACAUAUUUAUUCAUUUGACAUAUGUUCUGAUAUAUUUAUUUUUCUGGAUGUGGAUCUCGUACGCUUAUAUAUACCAGUAUUUUGCUUGCUUGUUUAGAUGCGAUCCAAAAAGAAGUUCAAAAUGCAUUAAGAAAGAAUUUUGUUCCAAAUAAUCCUCUUGUGGAAGGUUGGUAUAGUCAACUAAUUAAUGCAAUUUAUAUUUCAAUUUAUUAUAUAGGCUUAUAGCUCAAAAUCUAGAAUCAAAUUCAUUAUUUCUACCUGCAUUAUUCAAUGUUCCUACCUUGAACAUUUCUAAAAUACGGGGGUGGAGGGAAUGACGGACCAAAUAUUAAUUCCAAUUUUGUUUCAAAUAUUCCUAUUCCUUUUCUGAAUAUUCCGAUCUUCCUACCCUCAAUAUUCAUAUUCCUGCAUACCCCAAAUAUAGUAUAUUCCUACCAUAAGUAUUCAUACCCUCAUAUCGAAACUACUUUAAAACCUGGCCAGUAUUCAAUAUUCCGCUUCCACCCAGAUCCUUUUUGUGACGUAUAAGGAACAGGGCCGUAGCAACCGGGAGGGGGGGGGACUGGGGGGCUUCAGCCCCCCCCCCCAAUAAUUUGUAAACUAGUGAUAAUCUGUAAAGUUAGAGAGGGAAAUAAUGACCUAAUAAUCGCCGCUGACUAAUUAGCCCCUCCCCAUACAAAAUUGCUUCCUACGGUAGUGAGGAAGAAAGCAAAGAGUGGCUGAUGAAGUUUUAAAACUGUCCUAUAUUCACCACAAACCCUCAAGUGUCGAUAUAACGCUUACUUUGAAUUGCUGUGUACUAAUUAUAAUUAUUAAUUUUCAGCGAAUAAAUGGGGAAGAUCAAGUUCAUCUCGAUAUCCAGAAAACCAACCAACCAUGAUUUAUGGUAUGGAAUAUGAUCAGAUUAAUCCCUCGAGAUCAGAUCCCGGAUAUUUAGUCCUGGACUUGAAGAAGUUGGCGCAAGGUAGUUUGAAAUUUCAUGAACAACAACUUGGCAGUCAAAGAAGAAAGUCGAAGCCAAAGGCAGCCCCAAAACCACGACAACAACCACCCAGAUAUAACAACCCAGGACAAUAUCAGCAAUAUUACAAUAAUAAUGGUUAUCAACCAAAUUAUCAAAAUUAUCAACAACAAAAUUAUCAACAACAAAAUUAUCAACCUCAGUAUGCAAUGCAAGGAUAAAAUUAAGGCUUUGUUGCAGUGAAAAUCUGCAUAAAAUUACAUAUAGAUAUCCAAAUAUACUUAUGUGAUUAAUAUAAUAUUAUAUAAUAUUAGUUAUAAUAUGUAAUAUGUUUGAGGCAACGAAGGGAUAUGUGAUUUAUUCACCGAGGCGCGCACUUCAUCAAACACUCCUCAAUGUGAAAUGCAUGCGCAAGGACAGUAUUACAACUUUGUUUGAAUGAAUCUGGAUGAAGUACACUAUUCACAAACUCUAAAUAUACAUUCGAUAUGAGUGUGCGAAUAGAGACGCGAGUGCAAUUCCAGUUUUUAAUUUACGCAGGGGGUGACGGGAAGUAAGGUGUCAUGUUGCUGACUAUGCUGGAAAAUUUCAAUAAAAACUGCCGAAACAUCCGAAAUAUUUCAAUAUUUACAAGUAUAAGCUAUCACUCCGUGUUUACACGGCCACCAUUUUUAUUUUUUUCAGCAUAAUCAGCAAUAUGAUACCUUACUUCCCACCCUCCAACCCUCCACUGCAUGAACGCUGGAAUUGCCUAUUACCGAGACUUUCGUGCGAGGAAUAGUUAAUUGCAUGGUAGCUUCUUCUAAUUAUGAUGUAUAUACUGUAUAUAUGUAUCCAUAAGUAAC